AAUAUGAAUCGAAUCAUUUAUUUCAGACAUACUCGGUUUAUAUAUCAACCAGGCAGACCACAACGUACCAUAAAAUAGAAAAUAACAUGUGUACACAAAUAAGCCAAAAAGUGGCUAUGAACGCGGGAGACAGUAAUUAAUAAACUGAGCAUAAUUUAGGGACAGUAAAUCGUACAAUGAGAAAUUAUAGUUCAAAGUGAAGCUUAUAACAAGAGGAACAUAAAUAUACAUAAUCUAACUAUUGAAUAGUUAUAACGUAAGAAUAUAUAGAGAAUAUUAGUCAACUAAUGUCUCAGAAGCUACUCGUGAUUUAAUCUUCGCUCGGAUAUAACAAAAACUAACUCGCUAAAAAUGCGCUAACCAAAUAACUCAAACCGUUUAAACUCUGACCUUGGAGUUAGAGGUAAUAUGACGCUUCAUGGUGAAAGCCGAGUUCCUUCGGAAGCCACGAGGCCGAUGCCCCUCCUAACAACCAGAGCAACAAUUUUUAUAGGUACAUGGAACUUCCGGACAAUGUGGGAGACCAGAAAGACCAGUCAAAUAGCAACGGAAAUGAGGAGAUAUAACUUGGCAGUACUGAGAAUCAGCGAAACCCACUGGACCUAAGCUGGACAACAAAGGCUAAAUACGGGAGAGAUGCUGCUAUACUCCGGUCACGAACAGGAAAAUGCUCCACACACUCAGGGAAUUGCUCUAAUGCUGUCCAAUGUAGCACAAAAUGCACUUGUAGGAUGGGAAUCUCACGGAUCCAGAACCAUCAAAGCAUCAUUCAAAACAACGAAGGAGGGGAUCUUAACGAAUAUUAUGCAAUGUUAUGCACCCACCAAUGAUAGCAACCACGACAUUAAAGAUCGAUUCUAUGAGAGGCUGCAAUCAGUCAUAGAGAAGUUCCCAAGAAAGGACCUCACCAUUCUGAUGGGAGAUCUAAACGCCAAAUUUGGAACAGACAACACCGGAUAUGAAGAUAUCAUGGGACUACAUGGACUGGGAGAGAGAAACGAGAACGGGGAAAGAUUUGAAAAUCUGUGUGCAUUCAACAAAUUGGCCAUAGGCGGCACAAUAUUUCCACACAAACGUAUGCACAAAGCUACAUGGAUCUCACCGGACCACACCACAGAGAAUCAGAUAGAUCAUAUUUGCAUCAACAAAAAGUCCCGAAGGACAAUGGAAGAUGUGAGAACCAGAAGAGGAGCGGACAUAGUUUCAGAUCACCACCUGGUUGUGGCCAAUUUAAAACUGAAGCUAAAGAAGAACUGGACAACUGGACAAACAGCGCUACAAAGGUUCAAUACAGUCUUCCUUCGAGAUACUGACAAACUCAAUGAAUUCAAGAUAGCUCUCAACAACAGGUUCCAAGCCCUACAGGAUCUACUGAAGGAAGAAGAAACUACUAUGGAGGAUAGCUGGAAAGGUAUCAAAGAAGCAUUAACUUCAACGUGUCAAAAAGUCCUGGGCCCCAAGGAGCAUCAUCACAAGGGAUGGAUCUCUAUAGAAGCACUAGACAGGAUCAAAGAAAGGAAGAACAAGAAGACAACAAUUAACAACAGCCGAACACGAGCAGAGAAAGUGCAAGCACAAGCUGAGUACAUAGAAGCAAACAAGCAAGUGAAGAAGAGCAUUAGAGCUGACAAGCAGAAAUACGUGGAAGAACUAGCAACGACGGCGGAGAAAGCUGCAAGAGAAGGAAGUAUGAAACAGCUUUACGAUACAACGAAGAAACUAGCAGGGAAAUAUAGUAAACCAGAGAGACCAGUCAAAGAGAAAGAAGGAAGACCAAUCACUGAAAUUCAACAACGGCGGAACAGAUGGGCAGAGUACUUCGAGAAACUCCUGAAUAGGCCGGCUCCAAUGAAUCCACCGGACAUCGAAGCAGCACACACAGAUCUUCCAACAGAUGUCCAUCCACAAACGACCGGAGAAAUCAGAAUGGCCAUCAGACAAAUCAAAAGCGGGGAAGCAACAGGACCCGACAACAUACCAGCUGAAGCACUGAAGCCAGACAUCGAAGUAACUACAAGCAUGCUUCAUCUUCUAUUCAAGAAGAUUUGGGAGGAGGAACAAGUGCCGAUGGACUGGAAAGAAGGACACCUCAUCAAGAUUCCAAAGAAAGGAGAUCUGAGCAAGUGUGAAAAUUGAAGAGACAUUACACUACUGUCAAUACCAGGAAAAGUCUUUAACAGAGUCUUACUGAACAGGAUGAAAGACAUAGUAGACGCUCAACUUCGAGAUCAACAAGCUGGAUUUCGUAAGGAUCGGUCAUGUACAGACCAAAUUGCGACACUACGGAUCAUCGUCGAACAAUCAAUUGAGUGGAACUCGUCACUGUACAUCAACUUCAUUGAUUAUGAGAAGGCAUUUGACAGUGUAGAUAUGAGAACGUUAUGAAAACUUCUUCGACACUACGGAGUUCCUGAGAAGAUUGUCAACAUUAUCCGGAACUCAUACGAUGGACUACAGUGCAAAGUAGUGUAUGGAGGACAGCUGACAGAUGCAUUCCAAGUAAGGACCGGAGUCAGCCAAGGCUGUCUACUCUCUCCCUUCCUCUUUCUUCUGGUGGUCGACUGGAUUAUGAAGACCUCGACAUCUGAGGGAAAACUCGACAAACAAUGGACAUCUCAGAACCAAUUAGGCGAUUUAGAC